AUGCACACUAGCUCCACGCUGCACGAGAACCUGCACGCCCGCCUCGAACCCAGUAUCGACCGCAAUAUGCAGCGGCGUGCGUCCGCCACUAUCAUAAGCAUCAAUGAGCCCCUGGUGGCCCACGCAAUAAUUCAACAGAAUCUUCAAUAUCGCCUCGCGACGAUGAAUUACCGCGAAAUGCAGCACCGAUUGGUCCUGGCGAUCGACCUUGUCUAUUCGCGCCCCAUGCAUGAGCAGCAGUGUGAUGACGUCUUCGUGGCCGCCAAUCGUCGCGUGGAUUAA